UUGUGAUCGCUCUAAUGGUGUCCGACAGCAAAUUGGGACCAAAAGUGUACGGACUGUUUGAAGGCGGACAGAUUCAGGCAUAUUAUAGGCACCGGCAGUUCAAACUAGAAGAACAACAAAACCCAAAACUGGUGACAGAGGUGUUCCAGAAGUUGGCUCGGGUUCACGCCAUGGAUGUGCCCAUUAAGAGGACCCAUUGGUUCUUCGCAGAAAUGAACAGAUUUUAUGGAUUGGCACAAAACAAUCUUAACACUCAUAUCAAUAACAAUGAAUACAAUUUGGAGACAUUUAAGAAAUAUGAUCUCAAAACUGAAUUAGAAUUCAUUCAAGAAUUACUGGUGAAGUCCAAGAGUCCAAUGGUCUUCACUCAUAAUGACUUCAGAAGCUCUAAUAUUAUGGUAUUGGAGGAUAAUAAUAAUAAUAAUAAUAAUAAUGCCAUAUCAGAUGGACAGGUAGUUUUGUGUGACUUCGAGUAUUCGAGUUAUGGAUUCCGUGGACACGAUUUUGGAUACAUAAUCAGCGGAUGGGGCCGAUCUUUGAGCGAUUUUAAAAAGCCAUAUACUUUUCCCGACGACUCCGUACUUUUAUCACUCAUUGAUAUCUACAUCAAAGAAUCGUUGUUUGAUAUUAUUCUGUGUUUAGAGAAGCAAAUCAUGGAAACAAAAACCCAACAAAUGUCUGACAGAACUGAAGAUAAUUGUAAACCUAAGAAAACUUUUAAAGACUUGACAACUUUGGAAGGACUUAAUUUUGAUGAUAUAGAUCUGAUCAAAGGUGAGACACCACCGGAUAUCAAAGAGAGAUGUCUUGAACUAUGCAAACAAUACUUAUCCGGCAAUUGGACGCAACAAACACUGGACACCAUUCAAGUGACGCGAGUGUCGGGAGGUCUGACUAAUCAGUUGUAUUACUGCGGGAUCACCAGUCCAUCAAUGGAGUCAGCUAAUGUACCACAAGAAGUGGCUGUAAGACUGUAUGGACCCAAAUAUUUUAAUAAUCAAGAUUGUGGUGGGAAUGAGAGACUGACUGAUGCUGUGAUCUCUCUAAUGGUAUCCACGAGUAAAUUGGGACCAAAAGUGUACGGACUGUUUGAAGGCGGACAGAUUCAGGCAUAUUAUAGGCACCGGCAGUUCAAACUAGAAGAGCAACAAAUCCCAAAACUGGUGACAGAAGUGUUCCAGAAGUUGGCUCGGGUUCACGCCAUGGAUGUGCCCAUUAAGAGGACCCAUUGGUUCUUCACAGAAAUGAACAGAUUUUAUGGAUUGGCACAAAACAAUCUUAACACUCAUAUCAAUAACAAUGACUACAAUUUGGAGACAUUUAAGAAAUAUGAUCUCAAAACUGAAAUAGAAUUCAUUCAAGAUUUAGUGGUAAAAUCCAAGAGUCCAAUGGUUUUCACUCAUAAUGACUUCAGAAGCUCUAAUAUUAUGGUAUUGGAGGACAAUAAUAAUAAUAACAAUGACCUAUCAGAUGGACAGGUAGUUUUAUGUGACUUCGAGUAUUCGAGUUAUGGGUUUCGUGGACAUGAUAUGGGAAUCAUAGUCUCAGAAUGGGGGCGAUCUAUGAGCGAUCAUAAAAAGCCAUAUACUUUUCCCGACGACUCCGUACUUUUAUCACUCAUUGAUAUCUACAUCAAAGAAUCGGUCAGAAUAUUGGAGAAGCAAAUCAUGGAAACAAAAACCGAACAAAUGUCUAAUGAAACUGAAAAUAAUUCUAAGCCUAAGAUAGCUAUUAAUGACUUGACUACUUUGGAAGGACUUAAUUUGGAUGAUAUAGAGCUUAUCAGAGGUGAGACACCACCGGAUAUCAGAGAGAGAUGUCUUGAACUAUGCAAACAAUACUUAUCCGGCAAUUGGACGCAACAAACACUGGACACCAUUCAAGUGACGCGAGUGUCUGGAGGUCUGACUAAUCAGUUGUAUUACUGCGGGAUAACCAGUCCGUUGAAAGAAUCAACGGAUGUUCCACAAGAAGUUGCUGUAAGACUGUAUGGACCCAAAAAUAUGAAUAAUCAAGAUUGUGGUGGGAAUGAGAGACUGACUGAUGUUGUGAUCGCUCUAAUGGUGUCCGACAGCAAAUUGGGACCAAAAGUGUACGGACUGUUUGAAGGCGGACAGAUUCAGGCAUAUUAUAGGCACCGGCAGUUCAAACUAGAAGAGCAACAAAUCCCAAAACUGGUGACAGAGGUGUUCCAGAAGUUGGCUCGGGUUCACGCCAUGGAUGUGCCCAUUAAGAGGACCCAUUGGUUUUUGGCAGAAAUGGACAGAUUUUAUGGAUUGGCACAAAACAAUCUUAACACUCAUAUCAAUAACAAUAAAUACAAUUUGGAGACAUUUAAGAAAUAUGAUCUCAAAACUGAAUUAGAAUUCAUUCGAGAAUUAGUGGUAAAGUCCAAGAGUCCAAUGGUUUUCACUCAUAAUGACUUCAGAAGCGUUAAUAUUAUGGUAUUGGAGGACAAUAAUAACAACAAUGCCCUAUCAGAUGGACAGGUAGUUUUGUGUGACUUCGAGUAUUCGAGUUAUGGAUUCCGUGGACACGAUUUUGGAUACAUAAUCAGCGAAUGGGGCCGAUCUUUGAGCGAUUAUAAAAAGCCAUAUACUUUUCCCGAAGACUCCGUACUUUUAUCACUCAUUGAUAUCUACAUCAAAGAAUCGAUCAGAAUAUUC